AUGAAGAAGCUCAUGCGCAAGUGUUUUUUUUUUAAAGGUGGAGUGCCUGAUUUUAAAUUUGAGGAUAUGGGAAUUGGUGGCCUAAAUUCAGAAAUUAGUAUGAUAUUUCGUUAUGCUUUUGCUUCUAGAAUUUACCCUCAUAAAAAUAUUUGGAGAAAAAUAUUUGGUUUAUUUGAAGAUUGUACAAAGGAAGAUGCUAUAUGUAAACAACAUGGUUUUGGUAGUAGAGCUGGUGUCAGUGAUAGUGUUGCCAUACUUCAUCCUGGUCAUUUGGAAGUUCAUAUGGAAAUUGGCUUACCAGAUGAACAAGAAAGAUUACAAAUAUUGAAAAUUCAUACUUCAAAGACAAAAAUAAAUGAUAUUUCGGAUAAAGAUGUUGAUCUUGAGGAAUUAGCUAGAACACUUGCAGGAGUGAUGCCAGAUGUUGAAGAUAUGAAAAAGAUAUUAUCAGGACCCUCUAGCAGUGGUAAAACAGCAUUGGCAGCUACAAUGGCAAUGACAUCAGAAUUUCCUUUUAUAAAAUUAAUUUCUCCAGAAAGUAUGGUUGGAUAUUCAAAAUCAGCUAAAAUAACUACAAUAAACAAACCACUACCAAUAAAAAGUGGGUUCUUCAACAAAUUGGAUAUGUCGGAUUGUUUCAAUUCUGAAAUUGAAGCACCAAAUAUUGUUGAUUUGAGUUCAAUUGAACUUGUAUUCAAAAGAUUGCCAUUAUUCAAUAAUGAUGAAAAAGAACAAUCACUUGAAACUCUUAACAAAAUCACCCUAUUCAAAUAG